UCUCUACUAGUCAGAAAUUCACGAGCAUAGGCUACCUUGUCGUCAAUUAUAUGCUGGCUGGUAUAAUUAGGUGGAUUGUACAUUUUAUUAAUGCAUCUCCACAAAAACCUUGAGCUUCCUAAAUUGAAUUAAAUUCAUCACUAUGGAGGAGCAAAAAACAUGCAUAGCCAUGAUUCCUUGUCCAGGACUAAGCCACUUAAUUCCAUUUGUAGAGUUUGCAAAACUACUUGUUCUUCAUCACAACAAUUUCCAUGUCACUUUCCUCAUUCCAACUCUUGGUUCUCCUACACCAUCUACCAAAUCCAUCUUAAACUCUCUUCCACCAAACAUUGAUUUUACAUUCCUUCCUCAUAUCAAUAUCCAGGACCUUCCUCCCAACAUUCACAUCGCAACACAAAUGAAACUCACAGUUAAACACUCUAUACCCUAUUUGCAUCAAGAAGUUAACAAAAUGGUAACUUGUUCAAAAACAAACUUUGUUUGUUUGGUUUUUGAUCUUUUCUCAAGCGAUGUAAUCGACAUCGCUAAAAAAUUCAACCUUAUGUCUUAUAUUUUCGCUACUUCAUCAGUUAUAUCACUUCAAUUCUGUCUUAAUCUUCCCAAACUAGAUGAGAGUGUUUCCUUUGAGUUCAUGGACACAACAAAAACAUUUGACAUUCCAGUUUCAAAUGUUUCUUUUAAGGUAAAGGAUUUUCCUGACCCUGUUCUUUUUGGAAGAUCAAGUGAAACAUACAAAGCAUUUCUUUGUGCGUGUCAAAAACUCUCUUUGGUAGAUGGUGUCAUCAUCAAUAGCUUCACUUAUUUGGAACAUGAUGCAAUAAAAUCUAUACAAGAUAUCAUUUGUGUUUACCCUGUGGGACCCAUCAUUCAAAGAGAGUCAAAAAGUAAAGAAAAUAAGUUAGAGUGUAUUACAUGGUUGAACAAUAAGCCUUCAAAAUCUGUUUUGUUCAUCUCUUUUGGGAGUGGUGGAGCACUCACUCAUGAACAAAUCAAUGAGAUAGCUUUUGGGUUAGAAUCAAGUGGUUGCAAUUUUUUGUGGGUUAUUAGAGUUCCAAAUAAGCACUCAAAUUCUGCUUAUUUUAGUGGAUCUUCAAAAAAGGAUGAUCCAUUAAAUUAUUUACCAUUAGGUUUCUUGGAAAGGACUAAAGAUCAAGGCUUGGUGGUUCCAUCAUGGGCUCCACAAGUUGAAAUUCUUAGUCAUAGUUCAACUGGUGGUUUUUUGACUCAUUGUGGUUGGAGUUCAAGUUUAGAGGGUUUAGUUUAUGGUGUGCCUAUGAUUGCUUGGCCAUUGUUUGCUGAGCAGAGAAUGAACGCAGCAACACUCACCGAUGUUUUCAAAGUGGCAGUGAGGCCAAAAAUUGAUGAUGAAGAUGGGAUUGUAAAAGGAGAAGAAGUUGCAAGAGUUAUAAAGAUUAUAAUGAACCAAUAUUCAAGGGAUGGUGAAGGUUUGCAAUUACGGAAAAGAAUUGAAGAUUUGAGAGUUGAGGCUGCUGCUGCUGUGAGUGAAGAUGGUUCCUCUAGGAGGGCACUCUCUAGUUUAGUGCUCAAAUGGGAGGAAAGAGUAACUCUCAUAAAUUGAAAUUGUUUUCACUUAUGAAUUAGUUAAUAUGUAUUUACAUGUAAUAUUAAUAAUUGAUUAUUCGUCAAUUUGUGAUACUCCUAAAACGAGGGUAUCAUUUAGUUACUAUUAUGUAUUAAUUAUGUUGUUAUCUAUAA